CGCCUCCCGAGCCACCGCUGCUGUCCUGGGCUGGGCCGAGCUGGGGCAGGGCGGAAGAGGGCUGGCUGGGAGCCCAGUUGGUGGCUGAAGGAGGUUUUUCCCACUUUUCCCACUGCCUCCCUCCACCGCAUCAGGGCGAGAUGCUCGACUGGGUGCGUAGCUAUCUUUGGCCUCCCAAGUGCGAUGAGGUCGACUACUACGUCGACUACGACGAAGCAGUCGCAGAGGCCAACCGCCGCUAUGAAAGUCUCUUCUUGAAGCUGGACCAUAACAGGGACGGGAAGGUGGACAUCACAGAGCUGCAAGAGGGUCUCAAGAACUUGGGCCUCCCCUUAGGCAAAGAGACCCAGAAGGGUACUUAUCGUUUUGAUUCUAUUAACAAGGAGAGCCCACUGAGCUUUGAGAAAUUUUCACAGUACCUCAGAGACCAUGAGAAAAAAAUGAGAUUGGUAUUUAAUCGGCUAGACAAAAAUCAAGAUGGAGUAAUUGAAGUCUCAGAAAUUGUCCAGGCUCUCAAGAUGCUAGGUGUAUCUAUUUCUGAACGAAAGGCAGAGCAGAUUCUUCAAAGCAUUGAUAAUACUGGGACAAUGACUGUGGACUGGAAUGAAUGGAGAGAUUACUUUUUACUUAACCCAGCAGAAAACAUUGAGGAAAUUGUACAGUUUUGGAAACGUUCUACUAGAGUCGACAUAGGAGAAGGUAUAACUAUUCCUGAUGAAUUCACAGAAGAAGAAAGAGAUUCUGGCCGGUGGUGGAGAUUCCUACUGUCAGGUGGGAUAGCUGGUGCAGUCUCUAGAACCUGCACAGCACCCCUUGAACGUCUGAAAAUCAUCAUGCAGGUUCAGCAAUUCAAGCCACAGAAAAUUCAUCUUUUUAAUGGAUUUAAGCUUAUGUUGAAAGAAGGAGGCUUUCGAUCUCUUUGGAGGGGAAAUGGUGUAAAUGUUCUUAAAAUUGUACCCGAGUCAGCUAUUAUGGUCCUAGCAUAUGACAAGUUUAAGUUGUUCCUUCACCAAGACGUUGUUGAAAUAAGAAAUAUUGAGAAAUUUGUUUCUGGUUCUUUGGCUGGAGUAAUUACACAGACCUUCAUCAACCCCCUGGAGGUUCUGAAGAUCAGGAUGUCUCUAGGUAGAACUGGAGAAUAUAGAGGGAUAUUUCAUUGUGCCAUGAAGAUCCUUAAGCAUGAACCCCUUGGAACCUUUUACAAAGGCUACUUCAUUAAUUCUCUGAGUAUCAUUCCUUAUGCUGGCAUAGAUUUAGCAGUCUAUGAGAUUUUGAAGAAUCAUUGGCUUGAUAAUUAUGCCGAAGACUCUGUAAAUCCUGGGUUAUUGUUGCUGAUGGGAUGUAGUGCCUUAUCUAACUUUUGUGGUCAAUUAGUCAGCUACCCUAUGAACUUAGUGAGAACUCAAAUGCAAGCCCAAGCAUUUAUAAAAGGAAUUCCACAGCAGCGCGUAUCAGAUUUCAUUAAUGAAAUAAUUACCAAAGAUGGGCCAGCAGGCUUCUUCAGGGGUGUCACCCCAAAUUUUUUGAAGGUGUUUCCAGCAGUUUUAAUCAGUUGUGUGGUUUUUGAAAAAACAAAACAAAUCUUGGGAGUUUAGAAAUGAAAUAUAUGAACUAUUGGCACUGAGCAGAAUGGCUUAAAAACAUGACAGUUUUGGAUUGAUUUUUUCUUUAAAACUGCAACAGGUUCAUGUGAAGAGAUGUGGUGUCUUUAUCCAAGAGGAAGGAAGAACAUCUUGCUUUAAUUCUGCAUACGCUGGAAUUUUAAAAUUAAAUCAUAGUUUUGAUGUUGUUUAUAAAUUAAAUCCUCAAUAUGCUUAGAAUUCUAUUUGCCUUCCCUAUUGUAAUCCCCAGAAUCCUAACAUGAAUCUUGCAUAUUUGAAGUGAAACAUAUUUUAGGAUGAAAUUUAUAGGGGUGAGUAAAUUAUAACGGUUUUGGCCUGCCAUACCAGUUUAUAUUAAAUGUAUUCUCUGUUUUGGAAUUGACACUAAAUAUGGGCUCCAAGGUAGCACAGUGGUAAGGGCUGGGAGUUGGGGUUAACUUUCCCAGGGUCACCCACCUAGGAAGUAUAUGAGAUCAGAUUUGAACCCAGGUCCUCCUGACUACAAGCUUGGUUCUCUACCUACCAAACUAUCUAGCUGCCCAUAUCUCUUAAUUCUUAAAAGGCUGUUGAAAUACUUCAUACUUUUAAAAUGUCUUUAAAAGCCUUGUUUUUUCAAUGCAUCGCCACAUUUGGGUGUUCCUAUCUAUGCUUCCUUCCCUAUGUGACUCUAGUCACUAGAAUUUCUCCAUAGGAGUUCCUUCCACUGGGUAGGGACUUUCCUUUAGAUGUCUUGGUUUUUCAUGGUUACCAUUGUGGGUUGUCCAUUGUUAUACUUCUCACUUACUACCUGACUGACCUGCUUCCUUUGCUAAUUCUGUAUUUCUGUUAUGCUUCUCCAUAAAUCUCCAAUGCUGGGGAGCCACAGCCUAUUUGCACUUGAUAUGUUCAACUCUGUGGCCAUUUGAAACUUUUGUUCUGCAGAGACUUUGGCAUUCUAUGACUCAUAGCGAAACAUCACCAUCAGAAGAAUAUUAUUAUUCUAAAGAUAGCCUUUUGUUUCUAGAGGCAUUAAAACUCUUGUGUAAUUUUCUGAAUGCAAUUCAGCCCUUAAUUCUGAAUUCAUUUCAGUGUCUGCCCAAGAUAAAUGUACUGGUGGACCCCCAUUUGGGGUGGCUUUCUUCACUGAGUUCCUGAAGUGCUUUGUGAUUUCCUUCUCCAAUUCAUUUUACAGAUGAGAAAACAGAGGCAACCAGAGUGAAUUGAUUUGCCCAGGGACACACAGCUAAUAAGUAUGUGAAGCCAUAUUGGAACUCCAGAAGAUGAGUCUUUCCUGACUCCGGGCUCAGUACUCAAUGGAUUAUGGCACCACCUAAUUGCCUACAGUAGAUUUACUGGUCUGCAUUAGUGGAGAUUUCCAGGGACAAUCCUCCAGACAGAUAAAAUCAUAGUUUCAGUUUACAUGACCAAUUUUCUAGAGAGAUGCCUCUGAAUUUUUUGAAUAGGAUUAAUUGACUGGGUGAAGAAGUCUCAUCGGUUUAUAAUUCAUGUCCUAAAACUCAUGCCAAUAAGCUUGAUAACCCCCGAGAAAGUUUUUUGUAAAGUAUUAGAACACAUAUCAAAGUCCAGUUAUCAUAUUUACUGAUUUAAACUACUUCCUGAAUUUUCUGAAUCAAAGAAACAUUUUUUAAAAUGUCAUUUUUGUUUGCAUGAUGUUGUCCCUGAUAAAUACUUUCAACAGAGGACUUUUAGGGUACCUAGUUUCAAUUUUCCAUUCUUUCUCUGUACUUUGGAAUAAAAUUUCUAAAUAACGCUGCAUAAAAUUCAGGUUUUGGUUGUUUACUAAAAGAUGUAUGGGAAUAGAAAAUUCAGUUAUCUGUUCGAAUUUUUGUCUGCAGAAAUAUGAAAAUAUUUAUACCUUCAUUUGUCACCAUGCCUCAAAGAUAUUUAAUUUAGUUUGUGAGGAAUGAAAGUGAUUUCUAUGUAACUGAUAUAUCUGGAUUUCAGAUUAGCCUCCUUCUGGCAAUUAAAUUGUGUGUUUGCAAUUUUUGUUAAUAUUUUACCAUAUGGACUCUACUACCUCAAAAUCCAAUGCAUUAAAUGAUGAAAAAUCACUAAAUGACAUCCAAGAAGAUCCAAGAAAACCUAGAAGAAAUGUUGCCAGAUGUGAUGCAAUUCUAAAGACAUUCAGAGAUUGAUUUUCAAGAUGUCUCAAAGGUGGAAGAUUCUAAAAGACUGGAAAAAUCAUAGAUGCAUAACUGAGAAGAGGCCAGCAAUGUACUACUAUGCGCCUACUUUCUCAGCUUGAUAUCUUUAUGAGAAGUUGAAUCUUAAUGCCUCAAGAGUAGCUGAUAAGAAAAUGUGAGAAGGGCACAGGCAAUUUUUUGUAGGUGAUUUGCUGUAGCUGACUGAAUCUUCAUAGUCACAUCACUGAUGGAGGGAUGUAGAGGAUAUAUGUUCGUAAAGUAUAUUAUUUUUUGAUUAUGAAAAUAUUUAAACAAAAUAUUUUCCUAGGUAUAACACAGUGAAAGCUUUAAGUCUUUUUUUUUCAGAUAUCUCUUAUUUGUAAUUUUUAUCAAUAAAUUUAUAUAGUAAAAAUUUAUACAUAGCACUUUAGAGUUUGCAAAGCACUUUACAGAUACAAUAGGACCUCAUUUUACCCAAACACAACAUAUGUGAAUUCAGGGAUAUGCUCAAUUGGCAAUAAAAAAAUAAAGGAAGAAAAAUACAUAAACUAAAAAAGUAAUUAUGUGUUAAAUCUAUGCCAUUUUCCCAAGCAGUAUAAAGGCUUACAGCAGUUAGCUCAAUCACAGUCAUUCUUACUCUAAGAAACACCAGACAUUAGCUUUUGCAUCAGUCUUUGUGAGUUCUCUUAUAAGGAUUCAUUUCCAAGUCAGAGCAGUGCUUUUCUUUGUUUCAUUGACACUAUUUAGUUAUUAAUAAUGGCUCCAAAGUACAAGAGUAGUGGUGUUGGCAGCUUUGAUAAGCUUGGAAAAAGUCAUAAUGGGCCUGGGCAUGUUCAUAUAAAACAACUUAUUAAAUAAUGGGGUUUGCUAUUAUGCAUAAUUUUCAGCUUAUGUAAAGGGUCUUGAAAUGUAUUGACCAUGUAAAAUGAGGUCCUGCAUAUUAUCUCAUAGUUGUUACUAUGAUCCCAAUUUUAUAGAUGAAGAAACUGAGGCAGAGAUGGCUAGUAAAGAAAGCCAAGAACUUAAAAGGAAGAAGAUGGGCUGGGAGAAAGCCCAGGACUUUCAGUGAUUCUGAGCUGCUUGCUGUCACGAACCCAUCUUUUUUUAAUAUUCAGGGUUGCUGCAUUGCUGUGAAUCAUGGAACACCACAUUCCUCACAACAAACAAAUUUGUAGGUGACUCAAAAGGCAUUGGAAAAAUGCAUACUGUCUGAGCAUGCUGUGAGAUUUGAUCAAUGAUGAAUUCUGAGCAAAAGUGGCAUCAAAAACAUCAUCAAAGACAUGUGUCUGAAAAAGGAGGUGGGUUGGUUACUUAGUGAGGGUAAGAGAUAACAGAUUUGUAACCUGAAUAAAGCAGGAGUGUCCAUGACAUAUUUAAAGACCUAGAAACACUUCUAGUGUGUUGGGUACAUUUUGAGCUUUUAGAGGAAGUCAUGGAUAAGAAGAGCAUAGGAAGAGAGGGCAUAGGUAUACUUUUAUAAGUACCAGUUGGGAGAAAGCUCCUGGGGAAGAAAACAUGGCUCUCAUGAAACAUGUUUAUUAUUAUAAAUUUUUAUUGAUUUUGUUUUUUAUAUCACCAAAAUUUUCCCCUUUAUCCCUCUAUUUCCUCUACUCAGAAGGCCAUCCCAUAUGAAAAAUAGUAUUUUUAAAGGAAAAAAAGAGGAAAAAAUGUCAAAAUAAUCAGUAUACUGAAAAAAGUCCAAAGAUAAUAAGUUUUUAUAUAUGUAUUUAAGACUUGCAUGCACAAUGCUUUAUACAUAGUAUUUCCUUUUCCCCCACAACCAAUAGAGAUAUUUACUAGUCUUAUCCCCAUUUUACAGAUGAAGGAACUGAGGCAAACAGAGGUUAAAGUGUUUUAUCCACAUCUGGGAAGUAUCUGAGACUGAAUCUGAACUCGGAUCUUCCUGAAUCCAAGACCAGCACUCUACCUACUGCAUCACCUAGCUGCUUCAGUGUACAAUUUACCAUACAAGUAAAUCUCCCACUUUUGCAAAGUAAUGUGGUGGGGUGUGUUCUUAUUUCUCUUCUUUGGAACUAUGCUUAUUUUUGAAAUUUUGCAAAAUUUACUUUUGAUUGCUUUGUGGUUGUUCUUUCUAUUUACCAUAUUGUAGUUAUCAUAUAUAUUGCUUUCUUGGCUCUGCUUCACUCUAUACUAUAUCAUAUGGAUUUCUCCAUGCUUCUCUGUUUUUACCAUAUUUGUUAUUUCUUACAUACCAAUUAUAUUCAAUUACAUUCAUGUACCACAAUUUAUUUAGCUAUUCACGAAUCUAUUAGAAGCUUUGUUUCUAAUUUGUUACUGCAAAAGUCUGCUACAAAUAUAUUGGUGUAUAUGGUCACUUUCUUACCAAUGACCUUUAUGAAGUAUAAGCUUAUUAAGUGUAAUCUCUUGGCCAAAGUGUAUGAAUGUUUUAUUAGCUUUAUUUUCAUAAUACUAAAUUGUUUUCCAAAAUGUUUUUUAAUCAAUUUAUAGCUUCACCAAUAAUACACUAGUGUGCCAAUCUUCCCAUAGUCCUUCAAAUAUUAAGAAUCGCCACCUUUAAAUUUUUUUUUGCCAAUUUGCAACAAUCUUGGUGAUGUUUUGAUUUGUAUUUCUCACAUUCUUAGUAAUUUAGGAUAUUC